CUCUUUCCCUCCUUCUUCUGCCUCUAACUCGCGCCUAUAGUUCGCGUUUGUUUGGUGAUAUCUCACUUGUAACAAUCGGAAUUUGAAACAAUUCAAACCCCAUAUCACCUCAUUUUUGAUUCGCCAUUUUGGGAUCAUCUCUUCUCCGAACUUUUGCAAAACGUUUUCGCCACAAUCAAAUCCAAUUCGUUCCGCACCGGAUACAUUGUUUUUCGACUGUUCAGAACCGUGAAGUGCAGGUAAAUCCUAGCAUGGAUCGAACGGUCUAUAAGAUUGAGGACCUCAUUCUGAUUCUAAAUGGGGUCCUCAUGUAUCUUCAAGUCGCGGAUAGAUCAGCAAUGCGAUUAACUUGCCGUACUUGGUCCGCAGUUGUCAACAUUAUCUGGCCAGUUAUUCUCCCGUCUGUCUUUCAUUUGCCGCGCGAGAUCGUUCAGAUGGUUUACGUGUUUUUGUCUCCCCUGGACUUCAACUCUGCCCGUCACACGUGCCAUGGUUGGAUGCUAGGCAGCUUGGAUCGGGGACUGCUCGCACUGAUGUUGAAACGCGCUGGAUUUUGGUCGAGCAUACCUCCGAGUCUCGUGUCUUCGAAUAAGCUCUCGAGGCCCGUUCGAACCAGUCAAGAAUGGAACCUCAGCAAGGUGUUUUCUUUUGAGUGUUCCCUCUUGCCUGGAUGGACUGGCAACGGCAUCUCGACUCUCUACAAUCGGCCUCACGUCACGAAUACCAAAAACUCUGCUUCCCCUUCUCAAUUCACAGGAUUCUUUGUUGCCUCGACUAUCGAUUUUACAGAGCUUGCCUCGGGACUUGUGAGAGCAGCUCACGGAGUCGUAUCGGGACUUACUUUCACCGUGAGCGCUUGUGGACGAUUCGUGGUGGUUGCAGAAGGAUGCGUCACUUACAUCUAUCGUCUGACUGCCCAGGAUGCUGGUAUUCAGCCAUUUACAAGCGUGUCAUGCCCUGCAAGGGUCUUGGCCGUCAGUAUGGAUACUUCAUCGGAGAGAUUCGCUAUUGCUGUCCUCCUUGAUGGCAGGAUGGGUCUUGUAUGUGAAGUGAAACGCCCCAAAAUGCGAAAGGCUCCAAAGCCGAGCUCCGUCGGACUACUUUCUCUAGACGGUUCAUCGAAAAGAUCGAGCAACGACUUUCAAUUUGGUUCUAACCCUCACUAUUGGACCCCCGAAUAUAUGGACCAAGUCCGGAACGCAUUAUACAAAAAUCAAAAACAACGGAUCACACCGAAAUCGCGUGAGGUGAAGGCUCUCUUGGAGGGAAGUGGUAUUGGUCGUGAGACGGGUCCCCACAGUAUAUAUCGCAACCUUUGCUCAAACGAAGACCCUCCGAGAAGCGUUGCGGUAUGUCCAUCAAGACGCUGCGUUGCCUUUGGCUGCUCCGCCGGCGUGGAAUUGCAUUGGGUCGAUGCGGUUAAUCAACACCACUUGAGUCGUUGGUUCCCGCUAAAUACCCCUGGUGAUUUCCUUCAUUUUGUGCCAUGUCGCAAAGGGGAGGAGUCAACAAGGCGCCUAAGGUUGAUCUCGUCUAUGGCACAUCCAUACCAUGGAUUCUCCAUCAAAAAGCGCUACUUCCCCUCGCGCGACGAAGACGCGAUUCAGAAACUUCUGAAAGAGUUUCGCGCGCACCGAAAGGAAGGUAACGCGCUCCGUGAAGUAUUCGAAACAGAGAAUACUACCGGACGAGAUCAUUUUCGUGCAGUUCCCUUGAGUGAUGGAAAGCAUAUUUUAUACACAGAUCCUGUUUCGAAUCGGCUGUGUAUUGGUGUUGAUACCCCGCUUGUUGGCCCAACGAAGCUACAACGAAGAAUCACACUGAUCGGAGAAGACGAUGUAGUACCAACGACCUACAAUUCUUGGUACAAGUCUAACGAGAGCGUCCGAGUCGUGGCGGGAUAUGGUGACAACGUUUGGUUCUUCAGUAUUCCCAGUGACGUUUUUGCUGAUUUCAAAAAUGGGAGCAAAGAUGGCGUUUGGCGUUCUUGGGUCGGCCGGGAACAGCCUGGCCUUGGCCUUAGGUUCAAAGGCAAAAAGAUCGGGCGUAUUCAAGGGCUCGUCGAUGUCGCUAUUCGUGGUGGAGGUAAGACUGGCCUCAUUAUUUGGGGAUUCGGCAACACUGGUGUUGCUUCCGUAUGGAAGUCAGACAACGGUGGAAAAUGGGCCCAGAGCUCGCCCCGCGAUAAAUGGGUUCAAAAGGAUGGCCAGGUAGUUGAUGCCAGUCUAUUUGACAAUGACGAUGGCAUGCAAAAGCUAUCACCGCUUUUUGAAGCGCUGAAGCUUGAUGAGGGCAAGUCCAACAGACGCUCCACAAAGUCUAAAGGCAGAACCAUCCUAUCCCCACAUCUCAGCCACCAACCACAGAAGACGAACAACAAGAAGAAGUUCACUUCUAGCACCUAUGCCUCUCCUGCAAGUCUCCCGUCGCGGAAGCGGAAUCUUUCUGAUUCUUCUGAUGGUGCUGACGAACGCUAUCGUGGUCGGCUUCGUCUUCCCACUGACCUCUUCUCGUCCGAAGAAGUUGCGCAUUUGCCGCUCCCUCUCAUCAGUGACUUGAGCGACCAUGAAGAUGAGAACGAGGACCUGGCGUCUUUCUGUGAGAGAAUGGACAUUGAUGGAGGAGAUGUUCAUAACUUGACUGGAAAGCUGGCGUCGAUGGAUCUUUACUAUGAUCCCGUCGACACACUCUCCGACCGAUUGGCUCAGGUUACUAUUGAUCGAGCUGCGAAUGCCGGAUUCUCCGCAUAUCGUGGCAUGUACAGUUCAUUCGAUGAGUCCGCAAUGGACAUCGAUUUCUCUGACGAGGAUCAAGAAAUGUCAGAUGAUCAAGACAUGUCUCUUCCUGACAUGGACGACGUUUCAAUGGACGAUAUCCCCGAGCUGACCGCCGACUUGGGAAGUGAUUUCGACCGUGAUGGCGAUGUCACGAUGACCAACGGCCCUUGGGGCUCAGCCUCUUCGCCUUUUACUGGCUUCGGCUUCGGAUCGAAUGGUGCUUCAGGUCUCUAUCAAGCUCAAAACCCUGAACACCACCCGACUAGCUGGGUCUCUCCGGAUCUUCAUCAAUCUUUGAAUCCUGAGCAACGUCCGACUACCUGGGUCUCUUCAGAUCUUUAUCAAUCCCAGAACACCCAACAUCACCCGAAUAGCUGGGUCUAUAACCCUUCAGGUCCUUAUCAAUCUUCGAAUCCUGAACGUCAUCCCACUAGCUGGGUAUCCAACGCGCUCUUCGACGGUGGAGUUGAAGCCGAUAAUAAUAGUGAUGAAGAUUACGAACCGCCCGAGACGGUAGAGCUCUUAGAUCUGGCGCCCAAUGGGUAUGCUAAUGGACCAGUCGCUGAUGCGGCUGAGUUCCAGAGACUGAAUUGUGAGAUGUGGGGAAUUGAGUAGAGGAUGUAUGGGGUUUUUGUUUCUUUUUCUUUUUUACGUUAUCGUUUCCUUUUCCUGUUCUUUUUCUCUCCGUUUCCUGUUUCCUUUUCCUGCUUCUUCUUCUUUUUUCCGUUUCCUUUUGUUUUCGGCUCUUCUUCUCG